AUGGCGGCCGCCAGGGUCUCCCUCCGGGAGCUGGCCGACCUGGCCAUCGGCACCCCGGAGGCGGGCGCCGUCAACUUCACGGCCCUGCACACGCUCAUCGUGGCCAUGCUCCGCAAGCUCGACCUGCAGGCGGAGCGCACCGACUUCCAGACGCCGUUGCCCGCGCUGAGCCGCGGCGCCCCGGAGCCCCCGCGGGCCGUGCUCAGCGCCCCGCAGCUGGCUGCGCCCAAAGAGAAGGCGCGCGGCAGCCUGCCGAGGCCGCAGGCGCUGGAGGGCCAGGUGAAGGACCUGGGCAAGCAGCUCAAGGCCGUCGCGGGCCAGGUGCAGGGCGUCGUGAGCCACAUGCAGCACCUCGCCGCCCCCGCCGACUGGCGGCCCACGGACUCCCAGCACCGGCUGGACGACGAGAUGGCCCAGCUGGUGCCGCACAGGGCGCGAGGAGGCUCGAGGAAAUUCGGGAAGGGCGGCGAGCCGCCCAGCGGCACCAAGGCCAUGGAGAUGCUGCACGAUGUCAUAGAAGAUGUGAAAACCCUGAAAGAGGCCAAGGAAAAGGCGCAGGACCAAUCCGAGAAAGUCUUCCAGAGGAUGGAUGAACUGGAGAAGAUAAUCAGAGAACGGGACCAUUUCCUGGAUAUAGUGGGCCGGAAGCUGAGUCUGAUGCCUGCUGGAGAAGAAGUCACCAUGGUCACCUGGCAGGAGCUGGAGCAAGCCAUUACUGAUGGCUGGAGGGCCUCACAAGGGGGCUCAGAGACAACAAUGGGACUCCUUAAACGCAAAAAGCAGUCUUCCUUAACAUCAGAUGAUGGAGCCUCCGCAAAGCACUCAAGUGCUGACCAGGCUGUGGAUUCUUCCGGUAGGCGUGUUUCGGAUGGGACCUUACCAGGAAGCAGUGCCGGAGGCUACCCCUCUGAAGGACCUAGCAGGAAACGAAGCAAAGGUGCCCCCGCCACUGCAUCCCCUGGUAGAGAACAGCACCCAAAGGCCCGUGAUGAAGCCAGCCCGGCCAAGUCCCAUCAGCCAUCUGUGUCCCACUUCAAACUAGAGUCGGAUCGUCGCAGGACUCAAGAGCUACAGCCGCACAGCUUAGCACAUCUAAGAAAAGAUGAACGAGAGGCACACCCAGGUCUAGUUCAACAGGUCUUACCCUCAGCCACCGUGAUCAGAGAUCAGCCUCCUCACGUAUACCCCGAUCAGUAUGGGGGUGUUCAUGUUAGCCAUGGUCAAAUCUAUCCAAGAACAGACCAACAUGGAUUAGGGCCCCUCGACAUGGAUCAACUUGAAUUGCUCCAUCGUCGUAGCACUUACCCACACAGUGUGGUACCGCUCAGUGUGGGGCAGCUUGGUGUGAUGCCAUCUGGAAUGGAUGAGCAGCAACUGGUACUACCUGGCAUGGAUCAGCAUGGAUUGGGACUACCCAGUACAGGUCAACCUGGGAUGGCUCCAUUUGGCACAUAUCAGCACGGUAUGAUACUUCCUGGCACAGGCCAACAGCCUGAUGUGGCUCAGCAUGGACUGGUACCUUUUCGUGUGGAUCAGCAAGGACUGGCAGUGCCUGGCAUGGAUCAACGUGGAUUGGUUCCACAUCUCACAGAUCAGCAUGGUUUGAUAUCAACUGGUUUGAUGCAAGGUGCCGCAGAUCAGCGAGGUUUUGUACAGCCCACUUUGGAAACACCUGGUUUCAUUCAACCUAGUACAGAACAGCAUGAUGCAACCCAAGCUGGGGCAGAUCAACGUGGUUUGGUACCAGCUGGUACAGGUCAGAUUGGUUUGGUGCAGCCUAGUACAGAUCAGUCUGGUAUGGUACAACCUGGUACAGCUCAGCGUGGUUUGAUGCAGCCUAUUGUAGAUCAAAGUGGUUUGGUUCAGCCUGGUGCUUAUCUCCCUGAUUUGGAACAACCUGGUGCAUAUGCCAGUGGCUGGGUACAUCCUGGUGCAUAUCCUCUUGGUUUGGCACACCCUGAUGUUUAUCCAUCUGGUUUAGUACAGCUUGGUGCAGAUCAGCCUGGUUUGAUGCAAUCUGGAUUGGGUCAGCAAGACUCAGUCCAACUUGGAAUGGAUCAGUAUGGUUUGAGGCAGCCUGGUACAGAUCAGCGUGGUUUGGUCCAACUUGGAAUGGAUCAGCGUGGUUUGGCCCAACCUGGUGUAGCUCAGCCUGGUUUGGUGCAGCCUGGAAUGGACCAGCGUGGUUUGGCCCAACCUGGUGCAGGUCAGCCUGGUUUGGUGCAGCCUGGAAUGGAUCAGCGUCGUUUGGUGCAACCUGGUGCAGGUCAGCGUGGUUCGGUGCAGCCUCAAAUGCAUCAGCCUGGUUUGGCCCAACCUCAAAUGGGUCAGCCUAGUUUGGUCCAGCCUGGUGCAGGUCAGGAUGGUUUGGUGCAACCUGGUGUAGGUCAGCCUGGUUUGGCCCAACCUCAAAUGGGUCAGCCUGGUUUGGUGCAGCCUGGAAUGGACCAGCCUGGUUUGGUGCAACCUGGUGCAGCUCAGCCUGGUAUGGUGCAGCCUGGAAUGGAUCAGCGUGGUUUGGUACAACCUGGGGCAGGUCAGCCUGGUUUGGCUCAACCUCAAAUGGGUCAUCCUGGUUUGGUGCAGCCUGGAAUGGAUCAGCGUGGUUUGGUGCAGCCUGGUGCAUAUCAGCCUGGCUUGGUUCAACCUCGUGCAUAUCUUCCUGGUUUAGUAGAACCUGGUGCCUAUCCACAAGGUUUGGUCCAACCUGGUGCCUAUCCUCGUGGUUUGGUCCAGCCUGGUGCAUUUCCACGUGGUUUCAUGCAGCCUAGUACUGAUCGGCGUGGCUUGAGGCGACCUGGUGUAGAUCAACAAGGCUUGAUACCAGCAGGCACAGAGCUCCGUGGCUCUCCAGCAGUCCACCAGGAGUCUCUAAGAUUUGUACCACCUCAUCCAUAUCAGCAUGGCAUAAUACCUCCUAAGAAAGAUCAACGUGGCCAGGUGUCACCACUCCUCACCAGUCAAGGCUUGGCAUCACCAGGUAUUGACCAAGAGGGUUUAUCAGAAGCUUAUCAGCAAGGCUUGGUACAUCCUGGCACAGACCAGCGUGUCCAGAUAGAACCCAGUACAGACCAGCAGGACCAUUCAUACUCUAUCGCAGAACCCCAUGACCUAAUGUAUCCUGGCCCUCAUGAUCCAGGCUUCCCUGGCAUAGAUCAGUAUGUCCAGGUCAGUUUGGGUCCAAAACGAAUAUAUACUUCAGACCAACCUGGAAUUUCUGUCCAAACUACCCCAAGCCAAGAAGCCACCUUUGCCAAGAGUACACUCUUUCUCAACGAUCUCGACCGGGUCUUAUCGGAAAGGAGUGACAUCGAGAGCGAAAGACGUGAUUCACUGGAGAAAUUGUAUCCCAGCUUCCCCAUAGCAGUGGAAACAUUUCGUCUAAUGGGAGAGCUCGUUGGCCUUUAUGUAGAGCUCAAGGAGAAGAUGAAGGAGCUGGAGGAGGAGCAGGCUGGCCAGACCGACUUAGAGAAGUUACAGCACUUGCUUACACUCAUGGUCAAAAAGACUAUGCCGCCUGACCUGCAGGAGCAGCUGAAGACCUUGACCAAAGAAGUGCGGCAGGAAAAAGCAAAACUGGACAGAAUGCAGAGGCUCCUGGAGUGCGGCGCAGAGCAGGAAAUAGGAAAAGAAAUGAAAGAUGAUGAGCUGAGCGUGCAGCUGGGAGUCCUCAGAGUCACCAUGGCCGAUAUUGAGAAGGAGUUGGCCGAGCUCAGGGAGAGCCAAGAGCGGGGCAAGGUCAGCAUGGAACAUUCGGUCUCUGAAGCCUCUCUCUACCUGCAGGACCAGCUGGACAAGCUCAGGACAAUCAUCGAGAACAUGCUGGCAUCAUCUUCCACGCUGCUGUCCAUAAGCAUGGCUCCUCACAGGACGAUGACGGCCCCGACACCUGGCCAGAUUGACCCCGAGGCCACCUGCCCCGCCUGUAGCCUGGACCUGAGCCAUCAGGUCAGCCUGCUGGUGGAUCGCUACGAGUACCUCCAAGACGUAGUCGUCAAUCUGGCCGCCACCCGGCCAUCCAAGAAAGCCAAGCUCCAGAGCCAGGAUGAAGAGCUGCUGGGCCACGUCCAGAGUGCCAUCCUGCAAGUGCAGGGUGACUGCGAGAAGCUCAACAUCACCACCAGCAGCCUCAUCGAGAACCACCGCCAAAAGCAGAAGGACAUAGAAGUGCUGUACCAGGGUCUAGAGAAGCUCGAGAAGGAAAAAGCCAACAGGGAGCACCUGGAGAUGGAGAUUGACGUGAAAGCUGACAAGAGCGCCCUGGAGGGCAAAGUGAGCCGGGUCCAGUUUGACGCCACCACGGAGCAGCUGAACCACAUGGUGCGGGAGCUGAUGGCUAAGAUGAGCGACCAGGAGCAGGACUGGCACAAGCUGCUGGACAAGCUGCUGCUGGAGAUGGACAGCAAGCUGGACCGCCUGGAGCUGGACCCCGUGAAGCAGUUGCUGGAGGAUCGGUGGAAAGCCUUGCGGCAACAGCUUAAAGAGCGCCCUCCACUCUACCAGGCGGACGAGGCAGCGAUCAUGCGGAGGCAGCUCUUGGCACAUUUCCACUGCCUCUCAUGUGACCGUCCCUUGGAAACACCUGUGCCCGGACAAGUUAUCCCUGUGAUUCCUAUGAACCCAGGCCUGCCCGCGCACCGUUCCAUCCACCCCUACACAAUCUUUGAACUGGAACAGGUCCGGCAGCAGAGCCGCAACCUAAAGCUGGGCUGCGCCACCUUCCCUCGGGGCAACUUGGCGCACAUGGAUCGGAGCGUGGGGCGCCUGCGCUCCAUGCACUCCAAGAUGCUGAUGGACAUUGAGAAGGUGCAGAUCCACUUUGGAGGUUCGGUCAAGGCCAGCAGCCAGAUGAUCCGUGAGCUGCUGCAGGCACAGUGCCUGAGCUCCCCCUACCACAAACGGGGUGUCCCAGGUCACACCUGCUCCUGCAGACCCUGCUGUCCUCAUCGCAGGGUGCCCGAGAUGGCCGACUACACCUACCCAAGCGUGCCGCGGCGCUGCGGGGGCAGCCACACGCUCACCUACCCCUACCGCCGCACCCGUCUGCAGCAGCUGUCGCAGGGCCUGUACCCCCCUGAGGAGAUCCAGAUGGCCAUGCAGCACGAUGAGGUGGAUAUCUUGGGCCUGGAUGGACAUAUUUACAAGGGACGGAUAGAUACAAGGCUGCCGGGCAUCCUGACCAAAGACACCCCGGCCCUGGCCUCGGGGAUGACCAAGCACAAGUCCAGGCAGCCCCGGCUGCACACACAGCAGCAGCAGCAGUCCAUCGGCAACAGCAGCCAGCGGCCCUCGCGGUCUCAGAGUGCUCAGAUGGUGGCGGCCAGCAAUUCAGCUCCUCAGCGGAAAGACAGACCCGUCUCCUUGGAUGGGCACCUCUCCCAGUCAAAGGUGGCCCAGCUGCCCAGCCCCAGCGGGAGGGCAGACCUGCCGGCCAAUGCAGACGGGCACCGGGAUGUGCCUCCGAGGGAGGGGCUCGAGGAGCCCACCCGAGGGCCGAGGUCCACCACCGCUCAGUGAGCAAAGCUACAAAUAAAUGUUUAGGAAGAA